ACCGCCGCCACCACCGCCGUCAAACCCCUCUUCCUCUCAUUCUCAAACUCCUUCACCUCCAGAAACUUCCACCAACACAAACGCUUCAGAUACACCUCCACCGCAACUAAAUUCCCAAUUUCCAAUAAACCCCCCUCUUUCUCCGCCAAUUUGGGGAUUUCUGGAAAAGCCCUAGUUUCUACCGUUCCACCACAGCCAGAACCAGAACAAGAACAAGAACAACCACAAUCUUCCAAAUUGCUCACUCUACCUACCAUUCUCACUCUUGGCCGUGUCGCCGCCGUGCCGCUUCUUGUUGCCACUUUCUAUUUGGAUGGUUGGCAAGGAACAGUAGCUACUACCACAAUCUUCAUUGCUGCUUCUGUUACAGAUUGGCUUGAUGGUUACAUUGCUCGCAAGAUGAAUUUAAAAUCUUCAUUUGGUGCAUUCUUAGAUCCUGUAGCUGAUAAGCUUAUGGUUGCUGCCACAUUGGUUUUAUUAUGUACUAGACCUUUGGAUGUUGGUUUGUUUGCACAAGCACCCUGGUUACUACCUAUACCUGCCAUUGCCAUCAUUGGCAGAGAGGUAAUGAAUGCUUAUCUGACUUCUAAUGCAUGCUUUACUAAUAAGCUCUUCUUUACAUCACUGGGAACUGUGUGAGGGUCCUUCUUCAUGUAUCACUAAAUUCAUGCAUCUUAAUUGUUUUGUAUUAUUAUAUUUCUUUAUUUUGUUCCAUUUUUCAUAUUUUGUUCUUUGAUGUUUUGUUUGUAACGUGUUUAUGUGUACUAAUGAAUGAACUCUUACUACACCAACUUACCUUUACAAUUAAACUGGUGUUCACUGUAACAGUCAAAGAAUAAGAAUUACUAAUGAUGUUAUUUUUCAUACUACUGAGUGAACUGGGCCGAAGCCAAGGUGGGUUAGAUAAUCAGUUUGUGUGUGGGAAUGGAGAUUUUUCAAGCAUUUGAUGAUCUAUUGUUUUAAUCUACGGUGCUCUGGGAGCGAAAUCUCUGAUAGUUUAAUUAGGGGUGACAUUUUGUUUCCAUCUUGUGUAUAUACCUGUAAUUGUAUUUUGCUUUGGCAUGUUGGUGAUGCAUAAUUAGUAUAUAAUUACCCAAAAGCUUAAUUCUCUGACUCACUGAGAUCCAUAUUUAUAUGGUAAAUUAGCCAUACUCGUGUAUUUUCAUUAUGCUUUUGAGACAUCAUACUUUGCCCUGAUUUACUGGU